UCUCAAAAUGCUGAGGCUAUUAUCCUAUUUGCUUGGCUUAUUAAGUGUACGAGGAGUAAUUGGGUUCAAUUCAAAGGAUCAGUCGUCGUGUGUUCUCCAAGAUGAACCGAAACAGUGUGGUUCCUUUUGCCUGACCACACUCAGCCCGCUUUUCGACCAUUCUAGCAAUAUCCGAAAAAGGUUGGAUGCAAUCGAGGCAGGGCUGAAGGCCGGAUUCGAUUCGAGACUCAAGCAGGAACUCAUCACAAAAGAAGACUUCGCGAAUUCAAUUCAUGCUCUGCAGGCCAAACUGGAUGCGAGAUUUGACAGAAUGGAGGAAGCUAGGACGAUACAAAUAACAGCCGAUGCCAACGAUGAUCUCAAAAGCCAAGUUAAUACUUUGAAUGACACCAUACAAAAAUUGGAGAGUCAGUUAGAAAUAUCCAAAGGUCAAAUCAAAAGCAAAGAAGAUAUUUUAAAUGUGAAAGAGGAGCAAAUCCAAAGCCAGCAUGAACACCUUAAAAAUAGAGAUGAACUAAUCUCGACCCUUACGACUCAAAUUAAUGCGAUUAAUGAAACAAAAUCAGAAAUAAAUGACAUGUUAAAAAUGUCCGAGGGUCAAAUCAAAAUAAAAGAAGAUAUUUUAAAAGUGAAAGAGGAGCAAAUCGAAAGCCAGCAUGAACACCUUAAAAAUAGAGAUGAACAAAUCUCUGACCUUAGGAAUCAAAUUAAAUUGAUUGAGAAAACAAAAUCAGAACUAUAUAGUCAGCUUUCCGACUUGCAUAAAUAUUAUGACAUUUUACCUGACUCUUGUCCCAGUGGCAGUCCCAAUGGGAUUUACCAAAUAAAGCUUCGGGGUCUUGAAGCAUUUAAAGUGCCAUGUGCGACGUCUCCACCUGGUUAUACUGUGAUUCAGAGGCGCAUUGACGGAUCCGAGAACUUCAAUCGAACCUGGGAGGAAUACAAAAAUGGAUUUGGGAAUGUCAGUGCAGAAUUCUUCAUUGGGCUGGAAAAAUUGCAUCGGAUGACUGAGGCACGACCCCACGAACUCUACAUUAAACUUGGGAAUGUUAAUGGAUCCACCGGCUACGCUCAUUAUGAUGACUUUAAGAUUGGGAGUGAGGAGGAAUUGUACGAGUUGAAGAAUCUAGGGAAUUAUUCUGGUGAAGCCGGAGACUCCCUUAAAUACAGUAUGAACCAAAAGUUCUCCACAUUUGAUCGGGAUAAUGACAAUAUCGUUGGUUUCAAUAGUGCCUCUUUCUUUGGUGCAUGGUGGCAGAAUAUCUAUUCGAAAAGUUCGCUCAAUGGAAAGUACUUCAAAGAUGGCAGAGGUUGGGGUGGAAUUUAUUGGCAGUCAUGGCAUGAAAAUAGGUAUGAAUCAUUUACCUUUGUCGAAAUGAUGAUAAGGCCCAAGACCUUAUGAGUCGCACUGUUUAAGUAUGAAAUAUUUUAAAAUUAAUAAAAGAUAAUAGAUCUACAUAUACUGUACUCCUAA